AUGCAGCGGGUCCCCCAUAAUGAGCACUUACUAGCUUGCCGCAGCGCCACCCGAAGACCUACCUCCUUUCUGUGCAGGUCCGUCGUCGUCGUUGGCCGUCCUCUCGUUGGUCAGCAGCGCCAUGUCCACCGGUUUUCAGGGGAAGCGCAGCAGCGGCAUUGUAUGCGAUCUCGCCGCCAAUGAAGCAAAUCAGCCGCUGCUCGGUGUCAAACGACUGCGUCAUAGUCCUCUCCAGGCCUCGUAG